AUGUGGCUCAUCUCAGGUCCCUUCGACGACGAGUACGACGACGGGCCACCCCCGACAAAGACGAAACUACUCAAGACGGGUAAAGAGUACCCCGUCGGACGCAAAGACCAGCCGCUCUCCAUCAAGAACAAGGCCAUCUCCAAAGGCUCCCACGUCGUCUUCAUCGUCGGAGAAUGCACCGAGGAGCAAGCGGCCGACCCGGCCUUCGUCCCCACACUCUCCCUUUACAACCCCGCGGAGCGUAACCGGACGAUUGAGCGUCCGACCAUCCAAGCCCCGCGCAUCAAGUCGAGGAUGUUGUCCACAUGUCUCAAUUUGUCUACGUUCGGCAUCCACGUCCUCCCGACGCUGCACCCCAGCAUUACGCACCACCUCACGCCCACGUACACGCUCACGCCCGCGCUCGCGACCUCUCUCGUCGCGCUCUCCACGUUUGUGAAGCCGGAGUGGCUCGUCGCGGUUCUCGCCGCGGGUCGCGCUGAGCCCGGCGAGCUCAGCGCGCUCGAGGAAACCUUCGCACUCCCGCCCACGAGCAAGUUCCGCCCGACGUUUGCGCCCGCGCUCCCCCCACGGCUCAAGAAGUUCGACAUCUGGCAGCCGAACGAGGAGCGCGUGGGCCUCUUCCGCGGGCACCGGUUUGUGUUUGCGGGGGAGAAAGGCGCGGAGGCGCCGGGCGUGCUGAAGGAGCUCGUAAGGAGCGCGGAAGGCGAGUACGAGUGCUUUGCGGUCGAGAACGGGCCGGGACGGUUUCGGCAGGUGCUUUCAAAGGGGAAGGCAAGGGGGUCGACGCUCGUGCUCAUUGCUGAUCAAUACGCGGUCGUCGCUGCCGUGGGCGAGGAUGGUUGGAGGGCGCUCAAGGAGGAGGCAAGAAGGCGCGUCUUCGAGCUCAAGUUUCUCGCACCGGAGGCGAUCCUUGAAGCGGUGGUCUAUACUGACGUCUCGUAUAUAAACUCGUCAAGCACUGCUGAGGAACCUUUCCAAGAAUCUGUCCUUCCCGACGUGAUACCCAACUCUAUCGAGGAUGAGCCCUCGAUGCCCCCGCCGACUGCGGCGCGGCAACGCGAGCCGUCUCCAGUACAAGAAGCGUCACAAGAGGCAGCACCGAGACGAAAGCUCCCUCGGCGUGCAGUAUCCCGCGCGUCGUCUCGAGCACCUUCACCCCCACCUGUUCCCGCACCCGAUUAUGCUGAUCAUGCGAGGGAGUCUGAGCCGCCCGAGUCGUCACAACCACGCCGGACCUUGGUAAGGCGGGCCGUCCGCCCGAAGACGGUUGACGAUACAACCAUGGACGUUGAUACCUCCUCGAUCAUUGGGCGAGCUUCCGAAGAGCCCGCAGCGCGACCGAACCCCAUCAUCGCACAGCCGCCUACACCCGGCCGUCCUUCCCGCCUCAAACGGCGCGUGGGCACGCAAGCACAGAACACCGCCAGCGGCAGCCAGCCGCUCGCCGACUCCGCGGACGUGCUGGUUCCCGACGCGCCCGAGCCCCCACACAAGAAGUUCAAGGCGCUCUUCGACGCGAGCGAGGGACUCAGCCUCGCCGACUACGGCUCACAGCGCGCGGACGAGAGCCCGACGCAGUACGAGGCGUCCAUGCUGCCGCCCAGCGGGACGCGGACGACGGGUACUCGGAGCGGCGGGGAGCGGAGCGGGGUACCGCUGACGGUGCUGAUGGAGGAGGAAGAGGAGAGCACGCUCGCGACGGGUUCGCUGCCCACGCAGGCCCAUGCGCGCGGGACGAAGCGGAAGUCACAGCCGGAGGACGGAGACGUGGACAUGGAGGACGUGCCGCCACGGACGAGAAGGCGGACGGAGGACGAGCCUCCUCAGUCGACGCAGGCGCCGCAGUCCCGCGCGGAGACACAGACGAGUUCGAAGAGCAAGCCGGUUUCGCAAGUCGUCACGCGCGUGGACAUGGCGCAGGAGCAGGUGCACGUCAAGGAGAAGCCGCUGUCCAAGAAGCCGUCCGCCGCUGUGGGCGCGCCGCCCGGGGAGCCGGACAAGGAUGCGGCGUUCCUGAAGGCGGUCGCAUCGAAGAAGCGCGGGAAGAAGACAGAGGACACGUUCGACCGCGAGUUCAACAACCUGCGGAUCUCGAAGCCGGAGCUCGACCGCGCGCAGGAGAUGGAGAGCGACAAGUGGGGCGUGCUGGAGGAGUUUGGGGACGACGGGGACAAAAACUCGGGGCAGGAGCGGCAGCCGGUGGAGCUCGUCGUCGAGGAAGAGGGUGAUCUCGGGAUUGGUUCGCAAUACUGGAAGGGCGGGUCACAGGCGCCGCCUACCUCUCAGCCGUACUCUCGCGCACACUCUCAGCAGCCCAAGGCAGAGGAAUCCGAGCCGGAGAAGAGCACCACGCAGCGCUCGACCCAACGAGGCUCGAAAGGCCGCCCCAAGCCCGUGACCGACGACGAUGAUUCAGACGACGCCUCGAUGAUGACCGCUCCCUCAAAGCCAGCGAGCAAGAAAAAGAGCCAGCCGAAGAAAUCCCAGCCGAGCAGGGCGUCAAGCUCGCAGCGGUCGACCAAGGGUACCCAGAAGCAGCCGCUGUUCAUCGACUCGGACAUCGAAGAGGUGGACGAGACGGCGGGCGUGGGCGCAGGCGCAGGCGAGUUUGGCUCAGACCUAGAGGUGGACGUGCCGGGGUCGGAUGAUGAGGGGCCGGCUACGUUGCGGUCGACGGCUACCCGCAGUGGAACGAUACGGGGAUCGGCGGCUGCGGGGAGGGCGAAGAGGCGUGCGGCGACUGUGGUUGAUGACGAUUCCGACGACGGAGCCACGUUCAAGGCGUUUGGGGCGCGGACGCGGCCGAGAAGGCGGUAG